GUUUACCCAGUUAGAUCUGCAAUUGUUAUGCAUGAUCUACUGCAUUUAUUUUAUUUAUCUGUAUUUUAUGUUUGAUUUGCAUUUUAGAAGCCUUAAUUAGGUGAAAAUUUUAAUUAAUAUAUAUAUAUAUAUAUGGAGCUGAUGCGGACAUAUCCCACGGUAUAUCGAGACGUGAAAUUGAUUUCUUACCCUAAUGGAUUUGACAAGUUUUGUUGAGAUUAAUAAAGAAAGUCUAUUACAAUAUAAUAAUGUUUAGUGGAUCGGAGUGAGUGAUAAAGCCUUAAUUAAAUAAAUUGACCUAAAAAGCGAUGCACUCACUAAGUUGUUUCUUAGCAUUUCUAAAACACUCUAAGAUGUGAUUACUAUAUAAGUAUUCCUCCCCAAGUCAACUAUAUAUUCAUUUCUAUUCUGGAAUAACCAUUCACCCCCAAAGUACGCAAUAUAUAUUAUAUAUUUAUAGGGUGAAUAACAUAUAUUAUAUAUAUAUGUGUGUGAGUAAUUCUGCCACAUUGAAGCGUCAUUUACCUAGUUUUAUUUCAAGCAAAAGUAAGUAGUCCAACUUCUAAUUAAAGUGUUUAUAAAAUAAAGUGAUGUCAAGAUCAUGAAUGACAUUUAUAUAUUUUAUGUAUUAAUUCAUGAACCUGAGAUAACGAAAACUACCACUUUAAAUAGAAACGGGCAUAUACAUCUGCGACUUAUUUGACCACCACCUAAAAACGCGAUUUUACAACCAGAUAAGCAAUUAAAAGUAUGUCUUUACAGCUUUAACUUCAUCAUCAAAGAGCUGUGAUCACUCCCUUCCAAACCCUAAUCUCUUCAUCCAUAACUGGUUUGCACUUUGUUCACUCUCUUCUCUUCACUACUUCACUCUACUAACUUAACUCCCCCAUAAAAUGGCUUCGAUCUCAUCCUCUCCUUCAUCAAACUCAUCACCCAUCCCUCCUCAAACCUCUAAUUCUCAUUAUCAAUAUAUAUGCCAGGAACCUCCAAAGAAAAUGGUGGCCGCCACUCUUUGUACAAGGGAGUGAGACAACGAAAGAACUCAGACAAAUGGGUGUCCGAGAUACGUGAGCCGAGAACACCUAACCGUAUCUGGUUAGGAACAUUCUCGACCCCGGAGAUGGCGGCAAUAGCCUAUGAUGUGGCUGCUCAAGCACUCAAAGGAACUCAAACUGAACUCAACUUUCCAAACUCAGCUUCAUCUUUCCCUGUCCCAGCCUCCAUGUCUCCAGGAGACAUCCAAGCCGCAGCCGCUUCAGCCGCCGCUGCUUUUGGUGCUGCUAGGGAUGCGAUUGUCAUGGCCAAUAACAACAGCGCAACAAGCAGUGUGGAACGGAGUAACGUGAUGAUGAUGAAUGGUAGUUAUGAGGAUACAUAUGGAUUCAUGGACGAGGAUUUCAUAUUUGACAUGCCUAAUAUGCUCAUGAACAUGGCUGAAGGAAUGCUUCUCAGCCCGCCUCGUCAACCUACCUUUGAUGCUGCUUCCGACGGUUAUGGUUACACAGGGGCAGACGAUUACUUGUGGAGUUUUCCUUGAUAACUAAACUAAUCAACCAUAUUAUAUAUAUAUAUAUAUAAGUAUGUGAGUGUGUACAUGUUUAUAUAUAUUAUCUAUAUGUAUGUACGAAAUAAGGAAACGGUGUCCAGUGAUGCAUUGCAUUGCAUGCACGGUUAGGCCCCGUUAAGACGGUCAGAUAAGGUCGUACUGUAUUAAAGUUUUUGCCUUAAGAUUAUUGUCUUACAAUCUAGUCAUGAUGUAAAUCAAUUCCAAAUGUUAUCGCAGUCAAUGCCUUGAGUGAUACUACUUUGUUUAGUUUACAGAUGGAUAAUUUUUUCAUAAGGCUUGGCAUCAAACAAUUGUUGAAAUAACUGAUGUUUGUAAUAUAUACUUCCUAUAAUCCAAAGCUAAUUUGACA